AUGCCUGAAGAUUGGGCGCAUAUUGUUUUCGAUGCCCGGCUCUCGAGUGGUGAGAGGGCAAAAGUCAACAGUACCCUCCGCGAGAGCCUUCAGCAUACAAUGAACUGUCACGACCUUGUUUAUGGACCAAUCCGCUGUACUACCGAUUUUUUGACAUUCGCGCAUAUUUCAAACCUCCCGCUUGCUAUUCACGGGGAGGUCGAUCGAUUUUUCGCGCAGGCAAUCGAUACAGCAAAGGCUACAGGCGGCAAGCUCCUGGUUGUUAUGAAUGGGUGGGACGGUCUUACUACCGAUCCAGGCUCUUUUAUGGGCAUGUUCCGAGCCAGUGCCUCUAGCAUAACAAUUCGAGUUUUUGCUGAAGUGCCGCGCUCAUUUUGGCAAGUCGACGUCGAGCAGGCGAUCAAGGUCUUUAAUGGGACCAUUCGCAUCAAUCCUUACCUCGAGGGACUCAUGCCCCACGACCCCUUUGACGCGGAAACACAAGAGCGAUUUCGCCUUGCAGAAGCCCAGCUGGAGCACUCGACUGCUUGGUUCUGCCGCGAGCUGCUCUUGCAAGCCAUCAAGAUGGACUAUGCGAGCGUCAAACAGGCGCUACAGAAGAAGCACACAAAACACGGACCCGGAUAUGACUACGGUGGACUAUAG